CACACGCAAGUACGCACGCACGCGCACGCACGCACUCACACACCAGCGCGCAAGGACAUCAAUGCACGAUGCACAUAGCACGCUAACACGCCUGCGCAUUACAAAACGCGGGCACGCACACGCACACACCGCACACACGCGCGCACGCACACACCACACACGCACACACACACGCGCACGCACACACCACACACGCGUGCACGCACACACCGCACGCACACACCACACACGCGUGCACGCACACACCGUACACACACAGGCGCGCACGCGUGCACACGCACCGAGACGCACCGAGAGACAUGCGGUUCGUCACCGAGCGAGCAGCGGUGACGGUCUCCUCCGUCGGUCGCUCGCAGUCGCCAUCGCUUCCUUCCCGUCGCUCGUAGCUCGAACGCUGCCGAGCGUCCUCGCAUGGCCGGCCGAGUCGAGUGGCAAACGCGGCGGCGGUGGCGGAGGCGAGGAGGAGGAGGGGAGGAGGAGGAGGGCGCAGAUCCACUGGACGGACGCGGCGAGCUCCACAGAUUCUCACGACGCCCCGGUGAAGGAGGAUUACGACCGCUGUCCGCGCGCGCGUGAACAUCGGUGAGACGCGCAGUGGCAGUGCGGCGAGCUAUCCCCGUUAGCAUGGCCGUGGCACGUAAAGUCCGGACCCUCCUGGCCCUCAACCUCCUCAUGCUGGCCGCGCUGCUCCUCUUCCUCGUCUACUCGCGCUCCGUGGACCGCACCGAGCCGGCGGUCGUCGAGGCGAUGGCCACGGCGGGCGAGGCGGCCUCGAGGGCGGCCGCUGUGGCCGCCCGGGCCCGGCUCACGCGCGCCCGGGGCAAGGCGAAAGCACGGGCGAGGCGCGCGGGCGAGGCGGGGUUCGACGCGGCGGCGGUGGGGGACCAGGGCGGCAGCGUGGAGGGCAACGCGGGUGGCCAGGGGGCUGUCGGCGGGAGGAGAGGGGACCCCGAGGGGCUCCUCAAGCGACUGGAGCAGCUGGAGCAGUUGGUGUACCGGAGACUCGGAGACGGGGGUCGCUUGGGCCCCCCGCUGCUGGGCGCCGGGCCCGCAGGGGGGGGCCCCCCGUUGGGAGCGGGGGGGGCCCUCCCCGAGGGCCCCGGGUCGCGCGGGGGGGCGGCCCGGGAGGCGGAGGGCCGCGCGUCGCUGCUGCAGCUGCAGCAGCAGCGGCAGCAGGGGGGGGAUGACGACGAGGAGGAGCUGUACCACAAGUACGGCUACAACGCGCACCGCAGCGACCGCCUGCCGCUCCUGCGGGACAUCCCCGACUACAGACCCGGCGGGUGUAAGGAGCUGCGCUACGCGGCCGACCUGCCGCAGGUCUCCGUGGUGUUCAUCUUCGUGAACGAGGCCGCGUCCGUGAUCGAGCGCUCCGCGCACAGCGCCGCGCGCCGCACCCCGGCGCAUCUCCUGCGGGAAAUCAUCCUCGUGGACGACGCCAGCGACGACCCCGACCUGAAGGCUCCCCUGGAGGGGCGUCUGAGGGGGUCGCUGGGCCCCCUCGUUCGCUUCGUGCGCAACUCCAAGAGGGAGGGCCUCAUCCGCGCGCGCAUUGCCGGGUGGCGCGAGGCCACGGCGCCCGUGGUGGCGUUCUUCGAUGCGCACGUGGAGUUCGAGGAGGGGUGGGCCGAGCCGGCGCUGGCGCGGAUCCGCGAGGACCGCUCCCGCGUGGUGCUCCCCGCCAUCGACAACAUCCGUCACGGCUCGUUCGAGGUGCAGCGCUACCACGACUCGGCCCACGGCUACAACUGGGAGCUCUGGUGCAUGUACAUCGCCCCGCCGCGCGCCUGGGUCCAGCGCGGCAACAAGACGGCGCCCAUCAGGACCCCCGCGAUGAUCGGCUGCUCGUUCGUCGUUCACCGCGAGUACUUUGGAGAGAUUGGGCUCUUCGACCCGGGCAUGGACGUCUACGGCGGAGAGAACGUGGAGCUGGGAUUCAGGGUGUGGCAGUGCGGAGGCAGCAUGGAGGUGCUGCCGUGCUCUCGCGUGGCGCACAUCGAGAGGCGCAGCAAGCCGUACGUGCGCGACCUCGAGUUCUACAUGAAGCGCAACGCGCUCCGAGCCGCCGAGGUGUGGAUGGACGAGUUCAAGAGCCACGUGUACAUGGCCUGGAACAUCCCCAUGAGCAACCCCGGCAUUGACAUCGGCGACAUCACGGAGCGAGUGGCCCUGCGUGAGCGGCUCCAAUGCAAGAGUUUCGAGUGGUACCUGGACAACGUGUACCCCGAGAUGCGGCGCUACAACAACACGCUCGCCUACGGCGAGAUGAGGAACAGCAAAGCGAACAACUUCUGCCUGGACCAGGGACCCCCGGAGAACAACACGGCCAUCGUGUACCCGUGCCACGGGUGGACGCCGCAGCUGGUGCGCUUCACGGCGGAUGGGCGUCUCCAGGUGGGGGCGACGGGCUCCACCACGCAGGUGCCCGACACGCGCUGCCUGCAGGACGACGGGUCCACGCGCCGCCCGCGCCUGCUGCCCUGCCGGGGGCCCGGGCCCGACACGCGCGACAACUGGGAGUUCACGCAGAACGGACCCGUGGUAAACCGCAAGACCCGGCGCUGUCUCGAGGUGGAGUCCACGCCCAGCGGCCUGGAGCUCGUCAUGCACGUGUGCUCGGGCCAACAGUGGAACAUUCGCAACCUUCUGUGAGUGCGGAUCACGGGACUGGGGACUCCUGUGAGCGAGCGUCGUGAGAUUCAAUCACCCGGUGAAACGGCCCUCCUUGUGGUUGAGAGGGUUGUGGAAACGUUCAAAGCGGUGGGCAGCGCAUGGCAGAUUAUCAGCAUUCUGCAAGAGAGAGAGGUUUAGAAAGUCAAGAGGAGAGAGCGAGGAUUUCUGAGCCGCAACCACCUGAGAGAGAGGAGAGUGACGGGAACGGUCACUGUGGUGGACAGAGUGAGGGGGAGCGCUCCGUCCCCCCCUCCCUUGGGAGGGAGUGAGCAAGCCGCGGUGAGCUCACGGUGAGAGUGGAAUUCCGAGAAUUGACCCUCUGAGAGAGUGCGAGGGGAUGGCUCACGGAAGAGGAACGACGCCCGACGCUGUGCCCCCCUCCCCCCCCCGCAAGAAUCCUCGCUCACAAAAGUCCGCCCCAACUUUUGCGCGCACAGUAUAUCUUUUUUUGCCAAAUGUAACUUUGGAAACGCCUUAAAAGUCGACUCAGAAAAGCAAGUGCAUGAACGACAAUACUUUUACAGGUAGGUGUUUAAAUUAAAUGUACGUGUACGUCCGUCUUCGGCGUUUGACUUAUAGCGGCCAUCUCGGUGUUUUUAAUUUCUAACGGCAGCUCCUCGUGCCCGACGUCGAACCAGCUGUACGGCGCUGCCAAUGUAACCCAGCCGAGGAAGAGGCUCGUGAUUUUGUUUUGUAGGAGACAGCGUGUGGGGGGGGGGGGGGGUUAAGGUUACGUGUCUCAUCACGGCUGUUUCGUGGUCACUUUCGGGAAAGACAAUCCGUCCCGUAGGAAUGGGCAGCGCACUUUUGCCACAAGAACCCGACCCCCACUGCAACUCCUGCCCCCCCCCCCCUACCGCCGCCACCACAUUCACAUCACCACCUCUGAAUGAUCAACAUCAGAACAACAACGACAACAACAAUUCCACCCACCACCACAGUUAAGAUUUAAUUCACAUCGCACCCCUCACGAUGAAGUGCUUCACGAGCCCCUGAGUGCUGCGUAAUGUGUUCAAGGAAGGAAGAAAAAAAGGUUAAUGAUGAAACAAAAAAUUGCCAAGGCCAGUUUACGAGAUCCAUUUUGUAGAACAUUAGCGGGAAUCUCAAGAGUCGCUUGCCGAGGGAGCGAGAGUUAACGUCACCACAUUUAAAUAAUUAAUAUAUAAUUAUAAAAAAUGUAUUCGUCCCCACGAGGGGCUGAAAAGAGCUGCCAGACACACCGAUACGAUGCGUGCAAAGUGUCACAUGCAGCAGCAUUGUGUGGUAUACAAUGCAUGACCCUCUUGUCACGUUGGUGUGUGGUGUUAAUACAAGGGUGUGUUUCACCAACAACAAAUUAAAGUAACUCACAAGUCCAUCGCACUAAUUGGCCUUCCAGACAAACAUUUCCCAGCAGCGGUUGACAAGCAGCAGGAAAAUUCUGGACUGGCUUCCCGAUCCUCGUCCCAUUUUAAACAAUUCGCCGCCGUUAUCGGCAAAAAGCUCCUCGCUGAAGCCCACGGGGACGUGUGCAGCGCGGUUACAAUUCCACGUCCUUGACACUGCUGAUGAACUCUGGGAACUGCGGCCCCCUAAGGGGGGGCUGCAGCCCCUCGCGCCUGACCCCAGGGGGGGUCUCGUGCUCAUCAACUCCGAAAUCCCGACCUUGGGUCGUUAAGAGGCCUCCUGAUGGAUCAGCAGCCCGGCUGCCUCUCACAGCUCCCACACAGACACACAAAGACGGAGCCAACCCCAGCCAGAGCUACCAGACACUCGACAACCACCGUGAGACACAACAUCGCCACUCGCUCGCCCGCCCAGACACACUUUGCUCACAGGCUGCAACGUGGCGGAUGAUGCCCCCUCCGCUUCACCGUGAGCGCAGCAGUUUCCUCACCUAUUCGUCUAAUCUCUUCCCUGCAAGUACAAUAUAAUCAUCUGAACCGUUUAGAUUUAAAGCUUUCGUGACUGAUUACGUUACAGUAUAAUUUCUUCACCGAUCAUAGUCUGAUUGUUUCACGACAGUAUCGCUUCAUCUCUUCAGUUUAAGUACAGUCUUACCUUGUAAGUUCAGCAUCAGGUAUUCACCAAGUAGGGAUUUCUUAAAGUACACUAUCAUUGCAAGUGCUGUAAUGUCUUCACGAAUUACAGUUAUAUUAUUUGCAUGUAUGGUAUCGUUACACUGCAAGUAGUACAGUAUCAUGUCUUCACUAUGCUCGUGUCACGGCACACACACGAACACGACUACAGCAUCAUGAUCAUCAUGGUGUUGUUAGAGGUUUGCCUUUCAGUGCCACAGCAGCAAAUUGGGUUGAGAGCGAUGGAGAUGGGACAGGGGAAGUGUUCUGUUUUAUUCAU